AAAAAAAAAAUUAGAGAUAUAAUAGAAAUAUGAACAUACGAAUUGUGCAAAAAGUUAAAAGUUUACAAUGGUUACAAAUUAUUGCAACAUUGAGUGGUUCAUUAGUGAAAUUUUCUGCCGGAUUAAUGGUUGGUUGGGCAUCACCGUCGUUACCAAAACUUUCAUCCCCAGAAUCUGUGCCACAAUUAACGCCCGAUGAAGGAUUUAUGGUUGGUAAUGCUUUAAAUAUUGGUUAUUGUGUUGCUAUUCCAAUUGUUGCAUUAACAGCGGAUAUAAUUGGAAGACGAAAUGGUAUUCUAUUAUGUGCACCUACAAUUUUACUAUCUUGGUUUUUAGUUGCAUAUGUAGAAACUUUUGAGCUAUUAUGUUUGGCACGUUUCCUUGGCGGCAUUGGAACUGGAUACGGCAAAACAGUAAUCAGCUUAUACACAUCAGAAAUUGCAACACCAGAAAUACGUGGUGCUUUAGGAGCAGCCACAUCAUUAAUGACACGUUGCGGGAUGUUAUUCAUCUUCAGCGUUGGACCAUAUGUCUCAAUAACAUUAAUGGCCUUAAUUAGUUCAACAUUUACAUUAUUAAUGUUUGUAACAUUUUUUUGGAUGCCACAAUCACCAUACUAUCUAUUACAGUGCGGGAAAGUUGACGAAGCACAAAAAUCAUUAGAAUUAUUACGCAAGAAACAUAAUAAUAUUAAAGAAGAAUUUAUAAAAAUACAAGAAAGUAUUGCGCUAAAGAAACCGAUGAAAGAAAUUUUUAAAAAAUUAUUAUGCGUUCCAUCAAAUCGUAAAGGUUUGAUUAUUGUUUUUGUUUUAUUUGUAAUCGAUCAAUUUUCUGGGAUGAGUGCUAUCAUCAUGUAUUCGCAGACAAUUUUUGAGCGUGCUGGUACAAAAAUUCCAGCUGAAAUAUGUUCGAUUGUUACACUAGUUAUACAAAUUUUAUCAUCGUGCUUGUGUAUUAUAUAUGUGGAUCGUUUUGGCCGAAGACCAAUGUUAAUUGUAUCCGGUUUGGGUAUGGCAUUCACGUUAGCAACAUUAAGUGUAUACUUUUAUUUGGAUUUUUUAAAUUAUGAUUUAAGUGCGUUAACUGUGAUACCAUUAAUGUCAUUAGUGUUUUAUCAUAUGUUCUUUAUGAUUGGCAUUGGUUCCUUACCUUUUAUUAUCCAAAGUGAAUUAUUUCCUACGGACGUUAAAGCGUUAGCCAUUUCAUUGGGUGGUUUAUUGUUAGCAGUUUCAACUGUGAUUGUUACCAAAAUAUUUCAAGUAUUAACAAGUUAUGAUGAAAGUGCUGCAUUUGGUUUCUUCUCAAUUUGUACAUUCCUAGGUGUUAUAUUUAUCACAUGUUUUGUACCUGAAACAAAAGGUUUAUCAUUAGAAGAUAUACAAAAGAUGCUUUGUAGUGAUAAUGAUGAUGUUGAUAGUAAAAAAGUGAAAGACAUUGAACCAGAAGAAAAAGAUCAAAAGGAUCAAAAACAAAUCGUUGAAGUUAUCAAAUAUUAAUUUAUGAGAUAAAGAAUUAUCAGUUGCGGGACAACUUGAUACAUAGUACCUAAUUUGAGAAGUGUGAAGUAGAAAUGAAGAAAAUAUUUUUAUUAAAUGGGAUGAUGUCCCGGCUACCGAUUUGUUUGUUGACUAGUUUUAAUUUUAUGAAAAACGUUCAUAUUAUUCAAUAAAGGCUGAAUAAAUUAUAGCAAUCAUUUUAUAAGGGUGUUUAAAAGAGAUGCUUGACAUCCUCGUGUACUGGAAUUGCUUUGUAUUUAACUUAUCAAAAAGUAAACGUGCUUAUACUUAUGCUUAUGCUUAAUAACAAAAGGCAUUCUAAUUCCCAAUUUCCUUAAUUUUUAUCAAAACUACCCAGAAACAUGGCUAAAAUACUUAUAGUUCGUUUAAGCCUCGCAAAUGACAUUUACUGUUCUUAUAAUAGCAGAGCGAUUCACACCAAUGAUGAGCGAUUCAGAGCCAUGUACACCAACGAUUUUUACACAUGAAUUCAUGAAGUUGAAAUAGAUAACGAACCGGCAUGUCCACGCUACAAUCUUGUUGGGUUUUGUCAUGGUAAAUUGUGCGGAAUACUUAGGCAUAUAAGUAUGAAUUCUUCAGUAAUCUAGGCUAAAUAUUUUGUAUUACUUGAAAUGCAUGACAACCCUAUUUAUUAUACAAAGGCAGCAAAACGGCGGUGAAGUUUAUAUUCUAACGAGUUGGUUCAGUUAUCAAACGUUGUGUAGUAACCCAGUAGCAGGGAUGGAUAAAUCGUUCAACACGCUUUGCUCUAGUAUUCAGACUCAGUAUUUAAUUUUAUGUUCAUUUUCAUCGCCUUCGUGAUUUUUGGUGCCUAAAAUGUUAAGCAACUUCUUUUAAAACACCAUUACUUUAAGAAACAAAUUUAUAUCACAUACUUUUAAUAAAUGAAAUUAAUCCAACUAUCUAACUCAGAGCUCCGGAAAUUGAUAGAAAGAUAGAAAUAGUCAAUAAUACCUAACAGUAUUUAGUCGAAUAAAAAUUAAUUUGGAACUGGUCAGAUUAACUUCAAAUUCUAAUUGCAUAUUCAAAUUAUUUUGAAAAGACUUGUUAGAAAAUUCAUAUCUUUUUCCGAAG